UCGUCUGCUUGAUGUGGAUCAGCAGUAGACAGUUUCACAGCUGGGAUGUCUGUAAAGCACGGCCUCUCCUGGUUUAUAGCCGGAGUAUGAAAAGAAGCAGCGGCCCAUGUGACUUCUGACGUUUCAGUCGAGUCCUGCUAAAAAGAAUUUGAGGGAAUGAUCCUGCGGCUCACCAAGGGAAUCCACGGAGGCUUCCUGACGUCCGCUUUAAGGAAGUCCGAAAGUUAGCCCACUUUACCGACUGACUUUUUUGUAUCCCGAAGAUUGAGUCGAGAUGUCUGGCGAAGCGGAGGGACAAGAGGCUAUGAACGCAUACACUGUAACCCUCAACGGGCCAGCGCCCUGGGGCUUCAGGCUGCAGGGAGGAAAGGACUUCAGCAUGCCUCUCACUGUGUCAAGGCUGACCCCGGGUGGGAAAGCAGCUCAGGCCGGUGUCGGGGUCGGAGACUGGGUGGUGUCCAUUGACAACGCUAAUGCGGAGGAGAUGACCCAUGUGGAGGCACAGAACAAGAUAAGAGCAGCAACAGACUCCCUCUCUCUCACCCUCAGCAAAGCUUUCAAGGCUGCUGGAGACCAGAAGGACUCACUCGCGGCUGCUUCUGUUCCAAAGUACUCCUUUGCCCCCAGCACAACCAUUAACAAGAUGGCGAGGCCGUUUACAGCAGGUGGUGGUAGUGCCAACUCAGGACCUGUUAUUAAACCUGUGGCCUACUCGCCUAAACUAAACACUCCCCGCUCACAGGGCCCGGCCAGUGUGCAGCAGCCACAGAAUGGGCACAGCCUCAGGAUGGAGAACAUGCCCUGUUUUAUCCCCAACGACCGCAGCAAGAAGAGGCUGAUCGAGGACACUGAGGACUGGCAGCCCCGCACCGGCACCACCCAGUCCCGCUCCUUCCGCAUCCUGGCCCAGCUCACAGGCACUGACUUCAUGCAGGACCCAGAUGAUGAAACGAUGAAGAGGGCCAGCCUUGAGCCAACUCCCUCACCUGCCAAGGCCCAGGCAGCAGAUAAACCAGAUGAAUCAAAGACUGCAGCUGCAGCAGCAGGCAAAUCAGGUCCUUCCGUUCGACCGCCGUGGGUCACUGACCCUGGUUUUGCCGACCGCUUUCGCCCAGACAAGACCAGCACUGUGGUGACCCAGCACCAACAGCCGGCCCAGCCGACGCCCAUGCAGAACCGCAGCUCCAUCCUGCAGGCGGCGCAGCAUGCGCCUGAAGACAGCGGGAGGACCCCAGUAUGUGGUGCCUGCAACAAAAUCAUAAGGGGUCGGUACCUGGUGGCGCUGGGACGUUCUUGGCACCCAGAGGAGUUUACGUGUUCACAGUGUAAAGCGGUGCUGGAUGAAGGGGGCUUCUUCGAGGAGAGAGGAUCUGUCUUCUGUACCAAAUGCCACGAUAACAGAUACGCUCCUAACUGUUCCAAGUGCAAAAAGAUCAUUACAGGGGAAAUCAUGCAUGCCCUGAAGAUGACCUACCAUGUUCAGUGUUUCAAGUGUGCAGCCUGCAAGAACCCCAUCAGGAACCAAGCCUUCUACAUGGAGGAGGGCGAGCCCUACUGUGAAAGAGACUAUGAGAAGAUGUUUGGCACCAAAUGCCAUGGCUGUGACUUUAAGAUUGAUGCGGGCGAUCGGUUUCUGGAGGCCUUGGGCUACAGCUGGCACGAUACGUGCUUUGUCUGUGCUCUCUGCCAGAUCAACCUGGAGGGGAAGACGUUCUACUCCAAGAAGGAUAAGCCUCUGUGCAAAGGCCAUGCCUUUGCUCCAGUGUGAGAGUGAGCUCCAUCUUCAGUGGAAAAAACACUUCUCCCUCUCCCUCCCUCAUCUUUACCCCACCUCUCAUACACACUCUACAUGUCUUCUUUGCCAACCCACACCUAUGUACUCUGUCUUUUUUUUUAUACUCUGCAGUCUAUGUUUUUAUAUUUGAGGCUUAAUGUAGCUUCAUGUGCUGUUAGGACAGUCCAAAUGGAACUGCCUGUAUUACCAAAUGCUGUGUUGUAUAACUGGAAGUAGUCAAGGGAUUUAUUCAUGUCAUCACUAACUUGUGGACUUUUAAGUCAUUUUCAGAUUAAAAAUGCAGCUGCAGUUCUUCUACAUUUAAUUGUAGUUGUUAGCAAAAAAGUCUCCCUCCUCCACUAAUCUCCUCCUUGUUCAGUCUAAAAUAAGAUCAAGUCAGUUCCUUCUAAGUUUGAGAAGUCGUUUAACCUCUAAUAAUUUCACAUAUUGCAUUAAUGUACUCCUGUGCUAAGUGCAGGGAAGAGGUGGCCUCAUUCAGGACCCCGGCCCACUCUCUGACUCUCACCGUAGUGCCUAUUAACGUAAUGGCGGUGCAGUCAGGCAGAAAGAGGGGUGUCCCAUUUCUGCCUGGCUGGACCCCUGCACCUCUUCACUGAAGCACCGACCGCCUCACUUAUCACUUCGGCUUGAGGAAAUCAGAGCACAUGCACUGCAGUUAUUAAUAGCCGUAUGUGGUCAAGUGUAGUCUGAGUCCUUUAAUUUUCUCUAAUUGAUCUCAUUUGAAUAACCUCACAUGUUGACAGUGGAGGCUUUGAGAUGUUUCAGUCUUAAAGUAAGACUUCUCAGAGCUUUGAAACUAUCAUGUAUUAGACAUUUUAAUGUCCCUCAUGUUACAAUGAUGCUGUGAUUGUUCCUUAGAUUGCUUUCAUGCUGUGUCGAGUAUGUAUUUAUAUUGCUUCAGAAUGGGCCUGUAAGUGUUGUUUUUAUAGCUGCUGGAUGUUUCAAAUAAAAUUAAUUAGUCAUACCACA